GCGCGUCGUCGUGAGUGUACAAGUUUUAAUUGAUUCCGAACACGAAACACGGAUGUUACUGUUUUAAAACGCGCACAGCUGAUCAAUGACAAAUAGAUAACUUUUAAAAGAGCUUCAUUGAAAUAAUAAUACACAAAAUAUCGAAUAUCGCACGUAAUCGAGACGUGACGGCCGUAUCGAAAAUAUCUCAUCGGUUAAAUGUAAAAAUAUACGGCGUCGCCCUAAAGCCGUGGUGCCGCGUGUGACUGAUCGAUAUUUUAAAUGAUAACAUGGAUUCAAUUAGGUGCAUUCUGAGAAGAUAGUGGAAUUUGUGUGAUUUUUAGUGUAUACGGUGCGGUGGCGGUAUCUCGAGUCGCGGUGUAAGACGAUGCGGUAAACGUAGCGCAGUCCAGGAUGUGGGCAGCGGGCGUGGCGGCGUGCGCGCUGCUGGCCGCCGCCGGAGCCCUGCAGCAGCCGCGCUGUCAGGACAUCACCAUCCCCAUGUGCCGCGGCAUCGGCUACAACCUCACUUCCUUCCCCAACGCGCUGGACCACGACACGCAGGAAGAAGCCGGACUAGAGGUUCACCAAUAUUGGCCCCUCGUCGAGAUCAAGUGCUCGUCGGACCUAAAGUUCUUCCUGUGCUCCGUGUACACGCCGAUCUGCAUCGAGGACUACGCGAAGCCGCUGCCGGCGUGUCGCAGCGUGUGCGAGCGCGCGCGGGCCGGCUGCGCGCCGCUCAUGCAGCAGUACGGGUUCCCGUGGCCCGAGCGCAUGGCGUGCGAGCAGCUGCCGCGCGCCGGCGACCCCGACCAGCUGUGCAUGGAGGAGACGGAGCGCGCGCACGAGCCCGAGCCGCCCCGCCCGCCGCCCCGCAAGCCCGCCAAGAACAACUGCAAGGAUCCAAAAAACUGCGGCGGCGCGGCGGCUGCGGGCGCCGGCGACGCGGCCGAGUGCGAGUGCGCGUGCCGCCCGCCGCUGCUCGCCGCGCCCAACACCAGCGCCGCGCCCGGCCUGCGCCCCCCCGCCUGUCUGCAGCCCUGCCGCGGCGCCUUCUUCACCGCCGACGAAAAACACUUCGCGGCCGUCUGGGUGGCGCUGUGGAGCGGCCUCUGCGCCGCCUCCACGCUCAUGACGCUCACCACCUUCCUGAUCGACUCGCAGCGGUUUAAGUACCCGGAGCGCCCCAUCGUGUACUUGUCGGCCUGCUACUUCAUGGUGUCGCUGGGCUACCUGGCGCGCCUGGCGCUGGGGCACGACGAGAUCGCGUGCGACGGGCCGGCGCUCAAGGUGUCCGCCAGCGGACCCAGCGCGUGCACGCUCGUCUUCAUCUUAGUCUAUUUCUUUGGAAUGGCGUCGUCGAUCUGGUGGGUGGUGCUGUCCUUCGCGUGGUUCCUCGCCGCUGGACUCAAGUGGGGCAAUGAGGCCAUCGCCGGUUACGCACAGUACUACCACCUGGCCGCGUGGCUCGUACCGGCUGCGAAGACGGUCGCCGUGCUGCUGGCCGGCGCCGUUGACGGCGACCCGGUGGCUGGGAUCUGUUCGGUCGGCAACUCUUCUCCGGAAAAUCUCAAGAAAUUCGUGCUGGCGCCGCUGGUCGUGUACUUCGGUCUGGGCGCGACGUUCCUGCUCGCCGGGUUCGUGUCGCUGUUCCGCAUCCGGUCGGUGAUCAAGCGGCAGGGCGGCGUGGGCGCGGGCUCCAAAGCGGACAAGCUGGAGAAGCUGAUGAUCCGCAUCGGCGUGUUCAGCGUGCUGUACGCGGUGCCGGCGGGCGCGGUGCUGGCGUGCCUGGCGUACGAGGCGGCGGGGCACGCGGGCUGGCUGCGGCGCGCCGCGUGCGGCUCCCGCUGCGGGCCGGCGCCGCUGUACGCCGCGCUCAUGCUCAAGUACUUCAUGGCGCUGGCGGUGGGCAUCACGUCGGGCGUGUGGAUCUGGUCGGGCAAGACGCUGGACUCGUGGCGCCGCGUGUGGGCGGGCGGGCGGCGCGUGCCCCCGCCCUCGCAGCGCGCGCUCGUCAAGGGCGCCGUGUGACGUGCGGCCGCGGCCCCUCCCGCCGCCCCGCUCGCUGCCCUCCUCGCCGCCCCCCUCGCCGCCCCCCUCGCCCCGCCACUGUCCGACUACGGUCCGGUGUAGCGUGACGUCACGCAGCCAUUCUCUCUCUAUUUGAUGAACGUGUCCCUCACCGAGGCCGGCGGGGCCGCGCGACGUCCGCCGCGUCCGAUUCGUCCCGGACGUAGUUCGAUUCGAACUGUCGAACAAUUGUUUACUUGCCAAAAAAAAAA